GCAUUGGAGGCAUGGAGCAGUACUGAACAGUUCUCAACUGAAAAAAAGUGACGGCACUAUUAGGGUUCCAAAUCACACUGUUGAGAGAGAGAGAGAGAGAGAGCGAAGCGGAGGGAUGUUAGGGAAGAGGCUAAUCUCCUUCCUGAAGAGAACUCCAUCAAGCAGCAACAGCAGCAGCUCGGUGAAGUCGGAACCGAAGACCAAAUCAUGGGGUCGCAAGGCGGUUUCCGGCGCCUUGAUUUGCCUCACCGGCGGUGUUGCUUUGAGUGCCCUUGAUGACCUUAUCAUUUAUCAUGGCUGUAGCUGCAAGGCCAUGGAGAGAGCUAGUAAAAACCAGGCAAUUAUAGAUGCCAUUGGGGAGCCUAUUGUAAGAGGUCCUUGGUACAAUGCAUCACUUGCAGUUGCUCACAAGAGACAUUCUGUAUCUUGCUCAUUUCCCGUUUCUGGACCCCAAGGUUCUGGAAUCUUUCAGUUGAAGGCGGUUCGUAAUGGAGAUGACAGCUGGUUUUCAUUUUUACGGUCACGUGACUGGGAAAUCCUUAUUAUGGAAGCUCUCCUCCAUGUUCCCUCAAAUGAAGAGAAGCAGCAAACAUUCCGGAUUAGUGUUUCAGACUUCCCUCCUCCAGUUUGCAAGCCAUGUACUGAUUGCAGCUCUCCAGAAUCAGCAGUCACCAGCAGAGAAGAAAUGAAAAGUUGAACUAGUUAUUAUAUGAGAAUGUUACUCAUUUUGCCCUUUUUCAUGCAUGUUCUUAUUCUUCCAAUAUUUCCUUUUGAAGUAAUAGAGGGAAGCUCUAUAUUUGACCUGCUUGUCUGAAUAAUUUCUUUGAUAAUUUUUUUUAUUUUUUUUAUAGAGUAGACCAGUUUACCGGAGUGAAUGUAUUUGGGGGUAAAGCUGUUCGAGAUGGCCUCAUUGUUUUGAUAUAGGAAUUUAUAUUCUUCUGCAGCCACAACUGAGGGAAAAUUGAUAAAUAAUUACAAUAAUUUUGUUAUUUUGAUUAUUCUA